GCCAUGCAUUGGAGGCCCCCGCCGCUAUGGAGAGGCCGGGCGCGUUCCUAGAGCGGCGUCGCCACCAUGGAGGCGCGGGGCGGAGCGGGCUCUCCUUCUUCCGGCCGCCCUUCUCCCAUGGCGGAGCCGCUGGGUUGGUGCGUGCAGGCGGUACGGGCGGCGGCGGAGCCCGCGCUCUCCCGGGCGCUUCUGGCGCUACGGAGCCGCCACACGCGGAGGGCGGGAGGCGUCGCUCGGUUCCGGGAACGGGGAGGCCUCGCCCCGCUGCUGGAGCUGCUCGGCCCGCAGAGGCCCCGCCGGACCCUCGACCUGGCGCUCAGCGUCCUCGGCAACUGCUGCACCGAACGAGGCUCCCGACGGGCCGUCCGCAGGUUGGGGGGAAUCCAGAGGCUCGUGGCGCUGCUCUCGUCCCCCGGCCCCGAGAGUGUCCUCAACCGCGCGGCGCGGACCAUCGCCAACCUCGCGCUCGAACCCGACGGUGCCCGUGACGUCCUCGAGGCCGGCGCCGUUCCGUUGCUGAUCUCCCUCUCGGCUUCGUGUUCGACUCCCGAGUGCCUCCACAGCUCUUCCCGCGCCCUCCGCAUUUUGGCCUCGUCUUCUCCCUCGCACCGCCGCGCUCUGUGCCGCGCCGGCGCCGCUCGCGCCGUAGCCUCGCGCCUCGCCGCCCUCCCUCCCUCGCACCCGGCCUGCCCCGCCGUCGCCUCCGCCCUCCGCGGCCUCACCGACGGCGACGCCGCCGACGCCGACGACAUCGUUCCGGCUCUCCCCGUCCUCACCGCCCUCGCCCUUCACGCCAAACGCGACCGACGCCAACCGGCCUUGGCCGCCAUCGCCAACGCCUGCUCCCGCGCCGCCCUCCGCCCGGCCUUGGGCGCCGCCGGCGCCGUCGAAGCCGUCACCGAAGAGGUCAAACGCGCUUUGGCGUCGCCCAACGCCGCCGCCGGUGCCGCCGUAGCCGUCAGGGCGCUGUGCCUGCUGUGCCGCGAGGCGGUGAACCGCGCCCGCGUGCGAGCGGCGGGCGGUUUGGCCCUUUUGCCGCGGCUUUUGGCGGUGCCGGCGUGGCGGUACCGCGUCCUGGUGGCCUUGGCCGCCUUCGCCUACGACCAAGAGGCGUUGGCGGCGUUGGAGGAGCGCGGCGUCGUCCCUUUGCUCGCCGACGUCCUCCGCGCUCGCGCCGACGAGGAGAGGGACGACAAUGGCGGCGGCGACGGCGACGAAGAAGACGAAGAGGCCGCGUCCUUCGAUCUCCCCCGGGACGACGGCGACGCCGCGACGCGAGACGGAGCAGCCGCUGGGAGCCUCCGGGGGCUCAAUUUCUCCUUCUCAGGUCUUGGCUCCUCUCCUCUUCGUCUUCGCCGCCUUCUUCUCCUCCUUUCGCUGCCACCGCCUCUCCUCCGUCGCCGCCGUCCCCUCCGCGCCGCCGCCGCCGCCGUUUGCCGGCGUUGCGGGCGUUGGCGUUGCCUCGAGGGGUGGGCGAAGGCGAUCCUCGGCUCCCCGAAACGCCGGCGUUGCUGCUCUUGGGUCGCUUGGCCGCCCGCGAUGAGCCGUGCCGCGCUCUGGCCGCCGCCGCUGUCGUCACCCGCGCUCCUCCGCUACCUCACCGGCGUCCGCUCGCCGGCUCCUCGCGCCGCUCGCCUCCUUCACCGCUUGGCCGCGCACCCGGCGCUGCUCGGAGGCCUCGUACGGGGUUACGUCCCUUCCCUCAUCCGAGCGUGGCUCGUGCUCGGCGUCGAUCCCAACGACCACGGAUUCGCCACCGCCGCCCCCGGGCCGCGGCGACAGCGCUUACGGGAACUCGGGGAGGCGCUGCUGAGGACUUUGGGGGGCGCCGCGGGGACCCCCUUUGGUCUGGGGCUGCUGACGAGGGGGCUGCGUUGUGGGGACCCCCCCGUACGCUUGGCCUGCGCCACCGCCCUCCCGCUGCUCGCCAGGUGCGCGGGGGCGCGGGCGCUGCUGGGGGCGUCGCUGGCGCUGUUGGUGGCGGCGGUGAGCGGCGGCUCCGCGGGGGGAGAGGCACCGCCGGGAUUCGCCCUCUACGCCGCCGACGCCAUCGGCAUCCUCCGGAAACAACAGGCGUUUGGGGACACCGCGGAGGACCUUUGGGGACAGACGGACGUCCGCCGGGAGCCGCGGGGACAGACGGACGCCCCCGACGUCCCUUUGGGUCCCUCGAGGAGAACGGUGGCACAAAGUCCUCUGCGUCCGUUGUCCCCAAAGCCACCGAAGCGCCGCCGGCUCUGCUCCGCAGGGACAUCUCCUCCACCUUCGUGGUGGCCCCACGUGGGCCCAGCGGCCCCGGUGACCCCUGGAGAGCCGUCCAGGGGACAGCGGACCUUCUCCCAACCAUCUCUGAGCUCUUCUGAACCACCCGAGACCUUCUCCGAACCAUCUCGGACCUUCUCCGAACCACCCGAGACCUUCUCCGAACCAUCUCGGACCUUCUCCGAA